UCAUCUGCGCGUAAAAAAAAAAAAAAAAAAAAAAAGAGUCAGUGUGACAGAAACGGGGAGAGGGAGACAAGGGGAAGUGAAUACCGGCACCUCUGAAUUUAAUGGACCGUUAACAGAGUCUGGAUUACUUCUUUUUCCCUCCACUGACAUCGUUCCAGUCGUCGGAAGCCUGCGCGUCCUGUUGAAUUUCAAAAUUGGGGGAAAUCCAGAGUGGUCCAGAUGUUAAUUCACACCUAUUCGGCUAUGGAGCGCGCGGACGGACUGAGCGGCUCUUCGCCGAGUGGGCGCCUCUCCCAGCUGUCCUCCCUCAACCAGGCCGCCUACUCCUCGGCCCCCCCGCUCUGCCACACUCCGGCCUCCGACUUCCAGCCUCCGUACUUCCCCCCUCCCUACCCGCAGUCCUCCCUGCCGUACUCCCAGAGCCAGGACUCGGCCUACUCCCACCUGUCGGACCCCUACCCUUCCAUCAACUCCAUCCAUCAGCACCAGCAGGCCGCAUGGCACUCGCAGAGGUCGCGCUCGGAGGAAGGGGGGCUGCUGUCACAGUCUCACCGAGCUCUGAGCCUGGACCCCCGCCGGGAGUACCCAGCUGUCCCCCGGCUCUUGCACGGUCUCGGGGAGGGCGCAGCCGCGCUUGGAGACGGUCCUCUCGGGAUGCACCUGGGGCAUCACGGCCUGGAUGAUAUUCAGGGAAUGGAGGAAGGAUCAGCCCUGGGCAUCCUGGACCACUCUGUCAUUAAAAAAGGUCCUCCCGGCUCUCCUCUGUACAGCUGGAGACCCUCGCAGUGCGGCGAUAGGUCGGCAGGCUCUCUGGUAGAGCGGAGGCGGGGGGAAGUCCAGUCUCUGGUGGGCUUUCUUCACCUGAUGGGAGAUGUGUGUGGUCCAGUUCCCAUCCCGUCCAAGCUGAACGGCUCCUCGCUGUCGGCGCUGUCCAUCGGGAAGGAGGGACUCGGCAUGGGGUCGGUGUCCAACCCGGCCGAGGUCUUCUGCUCCGUGCCGGGCCGCCUGUCGCUGCUCAGCUCCACCUCCAAGUACAAGGUGACGGUGGGGGAGGUGCAGCGCCGCCUGUCGCCACCCGAGUGCCUCAACGCGUCGCUGCUGGGCGGAGUCCUGCGCAGGGCGAAGUCAAAGAAUGGUGGCCGCUGUCUGAGAGAGCGUCUGGAGAAGAUUGGCCUCAACCUGCCCGCCGGGCGACGCAAGGCAGCCAACGUCACUCUCCUAACAUCUCUAGUGGAGGGUGAGGCCGUCCAUCUGGCGCGGGACUUUGGUUAUGUGUGUGAAACAGAGUUUCCGGCCCGAGCCACCGCCGAGUACCUGUGCAGGCAGAGCGAGCCCGACCAGCUCCCGACGCGACGCAGCAUGCUGCUCGCCACCAAGGAGAUCUGUAAGGAGUUCGUGGACCUGAUGUCUCAGGACCGCUCCCCGCUGGGCGGCAGCCGGCCCACGCCGUGCCUGGAGCCCGGCGUCCAGGGCAGCCUCACCCACUUCAGCCUCCUCACCCACGGCUUCGGCACGCCGGCCAUCUGCGCCGCGCUCUCCGCCUUCCAGAGCUACCUGAUCGAGGCCAUCAAAAUGCUGGACAAGGGCGAGGGCGGCGGGAAGAGCCACCACGACAAGGAGAUGAAGCACCGCAAGUAGAGGGCGGGGCUAACCACGGGCGGAACGAUGGGGGGAGCAGAGACUGACUGAUGCCCCAGCCCCCGCCCCCCGACCCGGGAGUCUGCACCUUGGCCCUCAGGAUGACGAACACUGAGACUUUUACCUCCCAGAACCCCUUGCGGCGCCUCUGGGCGAGGAGGCGGGGUUUGUGAUGAUAUCUGUACUGUAACGUGUGUCCACCUCACUCGCCAUGACGCAUGGACCUCUCUCUAACUCCCCACAGCUGGCUCGCCAUGACGGCGUCCGCACGCCACCUCUUCAGGACCACUUUUAU